CAUUGUUGCCAACUUCAUAGAUCUGGCAACCCCGAUACGGGCACGCCAUUAUUUUACAAGACCAAUUGCGAAAAUCGCGUUCUACGUUUUACGGCCGAACGGGAAACAGUCCGAACGUCUUGUAAAUUUUACAAAAAUCGUUUCAAACGUUUUCGAUAAUCGGUUUCGUGGGGUAUUAAGGGGGUACGCUGAUUUCAGCUGUUUGCAAGCGCCGCCAGUACAACAAAAAUCAAAAAGAAGAAGAACAUCAACUUCAGGCAGCGAGUACCACAAAAAAAAAAUAAAAAGCUAAACGGCGACAGUCAACACGCAUUAUAAUGCUUCAACAGAAUAUAAAUAAGAGUGGCGGCAGCAAGCCGCCGAGUCCGGAGAUUAUAACCUACAGUCCAAGCAAAUUCAUGACCCGAGUCGGUCCAGGCGAAAACACAUACACCACAAGCUCACACUUGCGCACACACACACACACGCAGGCAGCUACGGGAACAGCCGCCACCGCAACAACAAAAACAAAUAAUUCGACCGUGGGUAGCGGCAGCGGCAGUGGAUCCACAUCGUACUAUGUGGUGAAGGCCGGAUCACUGGGCAGCGCAGCCUCGAUGACGGGAUCCGUUAAAGUUAGCACUCCGCCCAAGGCCGGCACAGUGACGAAGUCCCCAUCGCUGGCCGUCACAUCGCCCGCCACACCAACCGAGAGUUCUAGCACCAUCUCCGCGCCCAGUGAAUCCUCGUUCUGCAACGACAAAAUGGAGCACAGCUACAUGAGGGAUCCCCCCAUUCGUAGCGAUGCCUGCAAUGGGCUGGCACCUGCCCGUAAUAUAUUGGUUCGUCAUCCGCCGCAGUGCCCCAGUUGCCACACAUAUCCGCAGCAACAGAGCGAAGAGCUGGCAGAGUUUCAGCAGGCCCAUGUGCCGCCGUACGAUGAGAUAGCCGCCAAGGAGGCCAUGCAUGAGUGCGCCCGCAUCGCCAAGUAUGUGAAAAACAACAACUCCGACGAACAGGAUUGGGUGGCUCGUGUCAACCAAUUUGGAUGGACACCCCAGCAGCAGUUACUGUUCGAGAAAGUCACUGGAAUACUGGACCAGGAUCAACUGGCGCGCUUGGCCAACGACAAGCGACAACACGAAGCCGUCCACCGCCGCGUCAGCAUCGACAAGUCUGCCUCCCGGCUGCGAAAAGCUCUGGCCAAUGUGGGCUGGGACCAGCGUAUAACACAGUGGCUGCAUGCGCUUCUCAUGGAGUACUUGUCGCCAUCGUACAUGGCCUCCUACCUAGACAUUCUGCAGACUCUAAAAUCAAAGCUGCCCACGCUGGUGGACAAAAUGCUGUUCAGCAGACCGCUCAACAGCUCACAGGAACUCCUGGCACCGGUCAUGAAAAAGCGUUGGGAACCCAACAUUCUGCCCAAGGGGCGUCAGCUUACGCACAAUGCUAUUAUGGUAGUGCUGCCCACUAUGCCCACCAGUGGCCAUGUUCCAGAACGGAUGCAGAAGUGGUAUCAGGCGUUGGCCACCAUCACCCAGGUGGUGCAAAUAACGCUUCCCAAUACGAAUAACAGAAUCGCUAAUCAAAAUCUGGACCAAGUGGCGGAGACCAUUGUUUCACUGACUCGCGUUAAAAUCCACGAGUUGCGCACAGAGAAUCCCAACCGUGGCAUCAUCCUAAUCGGUUUCAAUGCCGGAUCUGCCUUAGCCCUCCAGGUUGCGCUCUCGGAGAGUGUGGCCUGUGUGGUGUGCAUGGGCUUUGCCUACAAUACAGCGCGUGGGCCGCGUGGCACUCCCGACGACCGCAUGCUGGACAUCAAGGCUCCGAUUCUGUUCGUCAUUGGCCAGAACUCGGCACGCACCAGCCAGGAGGAAAUGGAGGGACUGCGCGAACGCAUGCAGUCCGAAUCGUCGUUGGUGGUGGUGGGCAGUGCGGAUGAUGCUCUGCGGGUGCCGAAGAGCAAGCGGCGCAUCGAGGGCGUGACUCAGUCGAUGGUGGAUGCCAUGGUGAUUGAUGAACUCUUCGACUUUGUGAAUCGUACGUUGAGCAAUCCUCCUGGGCCCCGCAUGCCCACGUCGCUGAUGCACAACCAGAAUUACCAACGGCAGCCGAAGCCUUCCCACAUUCUGGCCGAUGGAAAUGCCAACAAGGCGGCUCAGAUGAUGCGGAAGAGGAAGAUAGAUGGUGGUCAGGAUGAUGGAAUGUGUCUGCCGGCAAAGUCAAAGUUUCCGCCGCACAGUCGUGCCUCCAAGCCGAAGCCGCCACGCCUCAUUGAUCCGUUUGCUGCCAAGCGAAAGGUUGGAAGACCUCGCACUCGCCCAUUGCCAAAAACAGUUGGCGCGAUUGGCUUGGGAAGCAAAAAAAAAAGCACAUCUUCUCCUCAAGACAAACAGAACCUAAGCAGCGAUGAACUAAACCAAUCCAUUGAAUUCAUCUUAGAUGAGACCAUGGAGUAUGACGAUGCGCAGUCCACUGGUGGCGCUAUUGGUGUUGGGGCAUCAUCAGCAACAAGUGCCGGAGGAUCGGCUCUGCCCAAGGUGAUUACACCCGGUGCUCUGGGCAAACCGCAUCCCACUCCUGUCAACCUGGCAGCCGGCACCAAGAUCAAAAUGAUCCCGCCGAACCAGUUUGUCCAGAUUAAGACGCUGCCCAGCCAGGUGGGGAACGCGAAACUCAUUAACUACGCUUUGAAUAAGUCUGGCGGUGGGACGCCCACCCAUUCCACAAUUGGUAACAUUGUGAAGACCAUCCCCGGGCCGUCGGGUAGUGGCCAGCAGGUGUACACCCUCAAGGGAUCUGCGCAAUCAGGGGCAUCUGCAUCCGGAUCAGGCGCAUCUUCAAUCCAGGGACAGCAGAAGUACACGGUGUUCAAGAAUGCCAAUGGCAUGACUAUGCUGCAGCUCACCAAGAACGUGCCCACUCCGCCGGCCAGCAGCUCAUCGCCGAGCCUGGAUCUGUCCAACAUCAUCGAUAUGCCCAUUGUGUUUGCCGACAACGAAGGCAACAUAGCGGAGCAGCAGAAGCAAGCGGAUAAGGAACAUAAGCCAGUGCCUAUUCGCACUGCGAGCAAGAGUCCCCUGAUCAUCAGUCAGAAAAUCAUAAAGGAGGCUAAUAAGCCAUCCGGCAUGGUCACCACCAACAAGCCAGGCACCAACAUAGUACUAAACAAGGGUCUCCACCAACUGUUAACCCCGUCCCCGGUCGGUGGCGGUCAGAACAAGGUGGUGUACCUGAACCGGAGCUCUAUAAAGCCAGUAACCGGCGGCCAUCGCGUCCCCAUCCGCAUUGUGAGCAGCCCAAAGACAGGCGGUGCAUCGAAUACCGCCACAAGCAGUCCCCUGCUGGUCGAUCCUGCCACAGGAGCUCUUGUUCCCAGCGUCAAGACUGUGAAUAUCCAGGCCAUAAAACCAACAACGUCGUCCCUUCCCCCGGGUGCUCUGCGUCAUGCGGGCAAUGUCAGCCUGGGGAACAAGACCUACCAGCAGUUCCAAGUCAUUAACAGCCCGGCUGGAUCCACAACGGUGUCAGCCGAUGGCAAGGCCGUUCGGAACAUAUACUUCAAGUCGGCCGCCGGAUUGAAACAAGUGCCUGUUCAGAUGAUAGCGAAUCGCGUUUCUGGAGUAGCAUCUUCCACAUCGUCGCCAGGAACUGCUGUACGCCGGGUGGUUAACAUUGGUCCCGUGCCCAAGAUAUCAACCACUCCGGGCGUCGCCGAUGCAAAGGUUAUCAAGCUUCAGACGGCGACAGCAGCUCCCUCCAGUCAGAGCAAAAUCUAGGAUUAGGAAUAGCUUACUCAAAUCUUAUACGACCUGUUAUUUUGGUUACAUCUUACUAUAUACCACAUACUAUAUAGAUGACACUGUACAUAUGUUGAGAAUACCAUAAAUAAGUUUGGAGGAUAAGAAUUCUAUUCGUCUCAAGUUUCUCCCAAAGUCUGUUAAUAGCUUGAAAGAUUUUAUUUCAUCAAAAUAAAAGGAAAAAGAAUUCAUUAAUACUUUAA